CUCUCCGAUUGCGCUACGAGAGGGAGAGAAUUCACCGAUUUUUUUCGAGAAGGCGUCGCCGGCACAGCCGAAAACAGCUCACCGAAACGCGUUUUUCCGGCAUAUGGGGAUCUUCUGGCACUUAACCUGCUUUUUGGGUCACUGUGUCUGGUAACUUUUCGCGUUGCGUGAAGAAGAAUAAAGAAGAGAAAAAAGUUUGGGUUCACGCGUUUUCAAAGCUAGAACUCAGUCUGGUCUAAUCCAGUUCGAAAAUACACGCACUGCUUUUGGAAUCUCUAUAUUUCUUCUGGAAAGGUUAUUUUUUGGGUUCGUUUUGGUGCAUUUUGAUCUGGGUUGAAGUCGUUUUGUGUUCGAAGUGCUGCAGAGAAGCUCGGUGGUUGGAAAUGGGGGAGAGCAGGAAGCCUGGGCUGGGAAUAUUGAUGGUGGUGAUUGUGUGUUCGUUGUAUCAGAAUUUGGGGCUUUGUUGGUCUCUCAACGACGAAGGUUUGGCUUUGUUGCGAUUUCGGGAGAGGGUGGUCAGUGAUCCAUUCAGGGCUUUAGCGAAUUGGGAUGAUGGAGAGCUUGAUCCCUGUUCGUGGUUUGGAGUGGAGUGCUCUGAUGGGAAAGUAGUGAUAUUGAACUUGAAAGAUCUUUGUCUUAGAGGAACACUGGCACCAGAGCUCGGGAGCCUGGCUAACAUAAAGUCUAUUAUUUUACGCAACAACUCUUUUUCUGGAACCAUUCCUGAAGAGAUUGGAGAGCUGAAAGAGCUGGAGGUAUUGGACUUGGGAUACAAUAACCUCUGUGUGCCAAUCCCGGCUAACCUUGGCAAUAAUCUGUCUCUAACAAUCCUUCUACUGGACAACAAUGUCCUCAUAAGUAGCUUACCUUCUCAAAUUCAUGAGCUUGUGGUGUUAUCAGAAUCUCAAGUAGACGAGAACCAGCUAUCUAAUAUUGCAAAAAUUUCAUCCUGGCAUGGAGGAUCCUGUACACGGAAAACCGACCAGACUGAAGAUGUAGUUCAUCACAGACUACUGUCAACAGCUGAGGAUCGCAGAGUUCGCAUACCUCCCUCUUCACCUUCACCUUCACCUUCAUCUUCACCUUUGCCGUCACCGUCACCAUCACCAGAAUUCCAGACUCGUUCUACCACAACACCUGUGCUAACACCAAGCCCGAAUUCCUCUGAUCCAUCUGUUUCUUCUUCAGGGCCCUCCCUUACUAACACAUCAUCCUCUUCCCCCUCAGAAAGCUCUUCCAGGAAAUCAAAUUCGAAGCACACUCUGCUAUUGGUUGGUGUAAUAGGCGGUUCUGUACUUGUUUUCAUUUGCAUUAUUUGCAUAUAUCUCUUUAGAACCAAUAAAGUGGCCACUGUUAGACCUUGGGCCACAGGAUUAAGUGGGCAGCUUCAGAAGGUCUUUGUAACCGGUGUACCAAAGCUGAAGAGGUCGGAGCUUGAAACAGCUUGUGAAGACUUCAGUAAUGUAAUUGGUUCUUCGUCAAUAGGGACCGUGUACAAAGGAACAUUGUCUAGCGGAGUUGAAAUAGCUGUGACAUCUGCUGCAGUGACAUCUUCCAAGGAUUGGUCAAAAAAUCUAGAAGUGCAGUUCAGGAAGAAGAUCGAAAGGUUAUCAAAAGUGAACCACAAGAAUUUUGUCAACCUUCUCGGAUAUUGUGAAGAAGAGGAACCUUUCACCAGAAUGAUGGUUUUUGAAUAUGCUCCGAAUGGAACGCUUUUUGAGCAUUUACAUAUAAAAGAAGCUGAACACUUGGACUGGGCAAUGCGGCUGAGAGCUGCAAUGGGUAUGGCAUACUACCUCAACCAUAUCCACCAAUUGACUCCGCCUAUAGCCCAUGAGAACCUGAACUCUUCAGCGGUUAAUCUUGCUGAAGACUAUGCAGCCAAGGUCUCAGAUUUCAGCGUCUGGAAUGUGAUGGCUGCCACUGAGAUGAAGUCACCCAGAGUGGAGCUUUCUGAUUCACCAUCAGCAGACCCAGAAAGUAAUGUCUACAGCUUUGGUGUAAUUUUGUUCGAAAUGAUAACAGGUAGAGUUCCUUACUCAGUGGACAACGGCUCUCUUGAGGACUGGGCAUCAAACUAUUUGCAAGGGGACCGACCCAUCAAAGAAAUGGUGGAUCCAACCCUAAAAUCCUUCCAAGAGGAGCAGCUUGAGAGUAUCCGUGAAGUAAUCAAUUCUUGUGUAAACCCUGACCCAAAACAAAGACCAACAAUGAGAGACGUCACUGCAAGAAUGAGAGAAAUAACCGAAAUAGGUCCUGAUGGAGCAAUCCCCAAGCUUUCUCCUCUGUGGUGGGCAGAGCUUGAGAUAUUGUCCACAGAAGCAAGCUAAGAGUUGAAGUUGUUAUUGUAAGUAGUUUCUCAGGCACAGAAGCAGUCGCCUUUUGAUACCCAUCUGUAUUUAAUGUAGAGGCAAUCGUAUGCUUCUUGUAUAUAAAUGAAUUGGUGAAUGCCAUUUCUUUCGGUUUUGCUGUCCAAAAUUUGGCAGUCAGAGUGCACAGAAAAAGGAAAAAAAAAAAAAAAAGGCUUUCUUUUGCUGUGACAGCACACAGCAAUCUUUGUGUACUUUCUGAAACUUAUAUAAGUUUUGAAUUAUUGUAUUACUAUCCUAUUUUGCUU